AUGUCCUAUGCUACGAGGAGUCUGGUGGAGGAUGAUAACAGAUACCUCAAGUCCUUCCAGUUGUUCCGAGAAUGCUCCUCUGAACAUCAGUGCAUGCAGGACUUCAUCCACGUCAUCCUGCCUGACAUACUAGCCAGGUAACAAGGAUGUAGCUAAGACUCUGGGGUGUUUUACGAUAGUAGCUACCUGUCCCGAUAGCACAAUAUCCUGCCUUUGUC